GAGAAAAUAAAAAUAAGAAAGCAUUGAAACACAAAAUUAAAAUAAUAGAGUAGUUUAAUUCUUGUCAAAUUAUUGUAUUUCACUUCCGGCAGAAAAACUUGGAAGUUAUUUUCGAUUUUGUGAUUAAUUUUUGUUGAUAUUCGGUAGAUGCUGAUCUCCUCAACAUGUUAAGAAACAUACGAUUACUUCAAGGAUUAUUUUUAGUUCGAUCUAACAAUGGACUUAUGGUAUCACCAUCUUGCUUCCGAUUAUGUUCUUCCACCAGCAGUGAACAAAAUACAACAUCAAAGCUACCUCCCAACAAAAAGAGUGAACGGUUAGAGGAACGAUACUCUGCCCAAGAAUCAAGCAAAAUUUUAGAGAAAAUUAAUACAUAUCAAGUCCAAGACUUUGAAACCUUGAAAUGGUUUAGCAAGCCGAAGGCAGUGAGUCUCGUACAGGCCAGGAAAGUGCGAGGACCUUUUGAAUCACUAUAUACACUUGCAGAGGUGCCCAAAUUUACAAACAUCAAGCUUUAUAAAGUGUGUGAUGCCUUGUUGUACAAUACACAAGCUGAACGUGUACCUAAAAGGGCAAGUGCCUCAGAUGUGAAUCCUCCCCUUACACCUGAAAAAUGCAAGAAUAUUAAAUCUUUGGUUGCCAUGGAGAUUAGACUUGACAACAUAAGCUGGGUGCACAUGGAUUCUGAUCUGAGGGUCAUACAGUGGGAACAGGAAAGUUUCUUUGAACAAUACAGCGCCCGCUAUGACCAUGCGGAAUAUCAGACACAGUUAUCCCGAGUUGUAUCCAUGUUGCCUGAGGCUGACAUGUACUCAUAUGAGCUGAUACCACAGGGCUAUACAAACCUACAGAAGAUACCCUACCAGGUUAACAAUGCAAUCAUCCAGGCUAUCAUCACUACAAUGCUUAAUAUGCGUCAUCAGGGAAACCAAUCAGAAUGGAACUCUGAUAUAAACCGAGUCUACACUAUAAAAUCAUAUGCGGUUCAAAAAUAUUUCAAUUUGAAUCUCGGUGGUGAGAGAGUCAGUAGUAGACUUCUUCUCGAUGAUGUCAUCAGUCGAGAAAAUGUACCAAUUCCUAAGGAUAUUAUGACACAGUAUAUGAGUUAUGACAAUAUUGGAAAGGAACUCCUAACAAGAUGUUUAUUUCAAGCAGUAGCAUUUUAUAAACUUGGUGUGCGGGCCAAUAUACCACCCUUACAGAAAGCUAGAGUGUCAACUAAACCAUCUAGUAUAUCAAUUGAAAAGCUAAUGCAUGAUAAAUUAUAAUAGCUGAUGUGAAGAAUUAUGUGAUAAUCCGGUUUAUUCAGGUAUUUGAAUUCAAUCUUGCACUGCAUUUACUUGAUUUUAUCACUAUCCAGUCACUUUGUCAGUCUGUAUUCAAAAUACCCAUGUUCACUUUUGAUCCAUUUUUCACAAUAUACAAGUCUGUAGCAUUUAUAAUGUUCCAAAAUGUGAUAAUGUUUGUUGCAACUGAUACGUCAGAGUCAGCUUUCCAAGUGUUACACUUUUCUCAAAACUUGGAAUUGCCUUUUACAUUUGUUUCUUUUUUGAUAAACAAUAUUCACUAAAAUUCAGUAUGUACAGAAAUAGAUACAUGUUAUAUUGUAUUUAGUCUAGCU